AUGAGCUCCUACCUGGAGUACGUGUCUUGUGGAGGCGGCGGCGGCGGUGGAGGCGACGUGCUAAGUUUUGCGCCCAAGUUCUGCCGCGCGGACGCCCGCCCGGUGGCCCUGCAGCCCGCCUUCCCCUUGGGCAGCGGCGACGGCGCCUUCGUCAGUUGCCUGCCCCUGGCCGCAGCCCGGCCCGCGCCCUCGCCCCCGGCCGCCGCCGCGCAGCCCCCCGCCGCGCCCCCGGGCUUCGCGCCCUGCAGCCUGGAGGGCGCCUACGAGCCGAGCGCCGCACCUGCUGCGGCCGGGGGCGCCGAGUACGGUUUCCUGGGGCCCGGGCCCGCUUUCGACUUCCCGUGCGCGCUGGGGCGGCCGGCCGAAGACGGGGGGCCGCACGUCCACUACGCCACCUCGGCCGUCUUCUCGGGCGGCGGCUCCUUCCUGCUCAGCGGCCAGGUGGACUACGCGGCCUUCGGCGAGCCGGGCCCCUUCCCCGUGUGUCUCAAGGAGCCCGCCGACGGCCACGCCGGCACCUUCCAGAACGCGUCCCCCGCGCCCGGCGCCUACCCCAAGUCCGCCUCUCCGGCCUCGGGCCUCCCGGCCGCCUUCAGCACGUUCGAGUGGAUGAAAGUGAAGAGGAACGCCCCGAAGAAAAGCAAACUCGCCGAGUUUGGAGCCGCUAGCCCCGCCAGCGCCAUCCGCACGAAUUUCAGCACCAAGCAACUGACCGAGCUGGAGAAGGAGUUUCAUUUCAACAAGUACUUAACUCGAGCCCGCCGCAUCGAGAUAGCCAACUCCUUGCAGCUGAAUGACACCCAAGUCAAAAUCUGGUUCCAGAACCGUAGGAUGAAACAGAAGAAAAGGGAACGCGAAGGCCUUUUACCCACCACGGCCACCCCUCCAGCCUCUUUCCCUCUUCCCCUCUCAGGAACGAGCCCAGCUAAGUCUGGCAAAAAACCGGUGAGCCCUUCUCAGGCUCAAGAACCUUCAUGAGGUUUAAUUUUGUAGCUGGCUGAGAAACCUUGGCCUGCUGGAGUCCUAGGCCUCCCCACCUGUCUGUAGACUUGCUAGCUCAUUUUGGAAGAGAGGUGGAUAUGGAUUGAAAUGCAAAGGAAGUGUCAGUCCACUUCUGAGAGCCAGGCUAUGGGUGUUCAGAUAUUAAUUUGAGGUAUCCUAAGCCACUCGUUUGUAUAUUAUCAGUGUCCAUUCAGGGAAAAGGCGUCCAACUGUCAGCCCAGCCCUGCUGCUAUGUUGCGUAACUUAGCCAUAUAUAGUCCUUGGGUGUCAAGGUGGCAGAGGAUUAGUUAGUGAGAUCCGCCAACUCCCUGAUUUACUCAAGAGAAGACUAUCCGAAGUUUUUCUGGUUUUAAUUCAAAAGACAAGGCUACAUGUAAUCAGCUUCUUGAGAUGCCCAAAGCUAGUUAGGGCCUCCUUGAUGUAGUUAAGCUGCUUCAAUGAUAAUCUUCAUAUUUGCACUCCAGUUUUGUUUGUUUGUUUCUUUCAAAAGCAGUUUCUACCUCUCCAUGUGCCUGAGUGAAGCUACAAUCGCUGUUUAGUUAGUAGUUGUACAAAUCCACAAGGUGGGUAAAGUGAAAACCUGAACUACACCUUGAUGCCAGUUACUCAAACUUGAAUGUAAAUAGAUAUAUACAGUAUGUAUAUUUUUAAAAGGCUUGCUUGCAAUGAAUUUAUGUAUGACAUUUAAUGUCAUAGCAUGUAAAGGGGUUGGACUUUUUUUUGUAAUAAAAAAGAAUGGGCCACUCUG